AUCUCUUUAUUUGACAUUAAUGUUUGAUAUGGUGCACAAGGUUCGAGAGAAGGCUGUCGAUAGCCACUCCAUGUACUAAGAAACAUCACCAGAAGUAUAAUUAACACGUCGUCACCAACGAAUCGCAGGAAUAUUUCUCCAGAAAUUCUGACCCAAUGAGAUACAAAAUAAAUAGAAUAGUUAUUUCCUCUUGGUACUCAUGAUUCAUGAGUAGAAAAUCGAAUCCAGUGUAUUUAGUUCAGUGUUUGUGAUUCUGUGUGCCAUUUUAAACUGUGAAAAUAAGUGUAUUGCAAUUUUAAGAAAUUCUAUUUCUGUUUAAAUCUGUGUAUUUAUCGUGAGUGGAUAAGGAAGUGUGGUUCAGCAUCAAAUAAUUACGUAUACCCAUAGCGCAACCAUUGUGAUAGGACAGGGCUUAAGAUGAAUUUGACACCGGGAGCGAGAACGGGGGUUAUUACGGGCAUCCUGGAAUUUCUCCUAAAUAAUUUAUCCACCAUAUUUCUUCUCAAUUAUUACAUGGACGUUCGGAUGGACAGGAUGCAAAUGAUGUUUGAAAAUAAAAAUGACACGUUUGACUUUGUUAUCGUCGGAGCUGGAGCUACGGGAUGCGUGCUGGCUAAUCGAUUAUCGGAAAGUUACAACGUUCUGCUACUGGAAGCUGGAGGCGAUAAUCAUCACCCGAUGGUCCAAAUCCCCGUCGUCUUUUUCAACAAUCAAAAUCGUUUCCAUCAUGAUUGGCAGUACCGAACGGUUCCACAGCAAAAUUCGUCCUUUGCUGCGAAUGGAAAUGUGACUCACUGGCCGGCUGGAAAAGGUUUGGGAGGAUCCAGUGUAAUCAACGGAAUGAUUUACAUCAGAGGAAGCGUCCAAGGUUUCGACGACAUGGCGGAACGAACGGGAAAUCCAGUAUGGAGUUUAAGGAAUGCACAAAAACAUUACAAAAUGCUCGAAGAUUAUCACGGCCAUUUUGAUCCAAGUAAUCACGGAACUGGAGGCGGAAUGACGAUAGAAAAGGGCGAUAUUCAACCCGUGAUUGAAAGUGUAAUGAAGGCUGGCGAAGAGAUGGGCUACAAAGUUAGAGAUCCAAAUAUGGACGGGCCGAUAACCGAAGGUUUUGCUCCUAUGGACUUUCACCAAAAGAACGGGGCAAGAUUUGAUGCUUAUCAUGGAUUUAUUCAACCAAUCCUUAAUCGACCGACACUUACUGUUCGGAAAUAUGCCUUCGUCAAAAAGGUUCUCUUUGCUGGACAAGAGAAUCGUGCUUUUGGCGUGGAAUACGAGAGGCACGGUGAGACAUAUGUUGCAAAAGCAACCAAGGAAGUGAUUCUUAGUGCAGGCUCAAUCCAAUCUCCCCGAAUUUUGAUGCACUCCGGAAUCGGGCCCAAGAAACAUUUGGAAGAGAUUGGCAUCAAACCAAUUCUUGACCUUCCUGUGGGGGAGAACCUCCAAGAUAAAUAUGGAGCUUUAGUGGGUCCGUUUUUUGUGGACGAAGGGAAGUCCUUCCUCAUGCCACGAGAUUUGACGGCAACCACUCUGGCGGAAUACUUUAUCAUGGGCAAGGGACCUUUCUCAUCCACGCGACUGGAGGGAACUUACACUUUCCGAAGCACUAAGGCCAAGCGUGAAGGCUACAAGCAUCCCGACAUCUUCACCUACAUCUUGGCCCACUCUACGGACGAGGCUUUUGAGCGAGACAUGGGAAUUGCAAUCAACACAAAGACAGAGAUUUUAAGAACAUACUACAAAAUGUGGCAAGGACAGGACAAUUUCUUCCAGCUGGUCACCCUCCCCAAACCAUCUGCACUGGGGACGCUGCGGCUGAAGGAUGCUGACCCACAUAGUGCGCCCUUGUUGGAUCCAAAGUACUUGCAAGAUCAAAGAGAUGUUGACCUCCUAGUGGAAGGCAUAAAGUUUGCAGUGAAGAUGGUGGAAGAUACCAAAACCUUUAAAGAAUUGAAUGGAAAGAUUUUACCAAUUCCGUUCCCAGGAUGUGAAAAAUUGCCAUUUAAAAGUGACGCUUAUUGGGAGUGCCUCGGAAGGCAUACGACUGCCACUGCGUAUAAAUAUUGUGCCACUGCCCCCGCUGGAAGGGACACCAAUGACCCUGAUGCAGUGGUGGACUCUUUCUUAAGAGUUUUUGGGACGAAGGGACUUCGUGUGAUAGACGGUUCUGUUCUCCAAGAACGAGAAGUUUCCGUGAAUCAGUGUACGUGCCAAAUGUUGGGAUCUUUAGCUUCCGAGUUUAUCAAAGAUCAUUGGAAGCAGAAAGAACGGGAGCAAAUUUCGAGUACGACGACGGAUGACGAAAAUGAUGAAGACAAUCAAAUUUAAUCAUCUUUCAUUUUCUUACAUCCAACUAAAUAACUCUUCUAGUUAAUCGACAAUUUUAGAAAAUGGAAAAGUUCCACUCGUAUAAUUCGUUUCGUUGUUGACUAUUCUGUUGGUUGAUGGUGUUGUUUUUGGUUAUAAUUUCAUAAAAAUUCUACUAAAUCCCGAAUCCCAGACUGUACAAUUUAACUUGUAAAUAUUACGCAACUUCAGUAGGUAGUUCAUAUAUCUGUAGUGGUAUUUUAAUUGUGCGUGUUUACUCGCAACGACAAAUAAUAGUCAAUAUUAUUUAAAACUAGCGUAUAGGCCUGAAUGUAUGAGAGCUGAACUGACUAUGUUAUUCAUGAAUCAUGACUGACUAUUGAAUGGAUGUGUCAAUUGAAUGCCUGUAUAUUAUACAAUACGUGGAUGUGGAUGUGGAUGGAUUCGGCGAUGUAUAAAUGAUAAAUCAUAGAAAAGGGCUGCGACUGAUCAAUUGACCUGACCUUUUGUUUGAUCUUUUUGUUUGUUUGCCAAGAUCGAAUGCUUCGUGUGCCUUAACUUUAACUGCGUAUAUAAUAUCCCUUCGUGCUAGUUUCAUGUGUGUUCCGAUAAAACAGUAUAGAUAUACGUAAACAGUAUAUACUUAAGUUCAAAAUGUGAUUAUGAUUUGAUGACGUGUGUCAAACUCAAAAUAAAUGUUAUUAAUGACAAUACUAU